GCAUAAAAAUAAAAGUAUUUACAAAAAAACUUGUAAUAUUUUUUGUAAAUAUUCAUAGUUUUUCCGCUACUACCAAAUAAGCAGGAUGGCAGAGCGCUCAGAGGAUGCCAAGCCAAAUAUUUUAAUAACAGGAACUCCAGGAGCUGGUAAAUCAUAUUUGUGUGAACGCCUUGCUGCUCAACUUAAAUUCGAUUGGCUGGACUGCUCGAAAAUUGCCAAAGAUAAUAAUUUUGUUGAGGAGUAUGACGACGAAUACGACUGUCCAAUUUUGGACGAAGAUAAGCUAAUGGAUCACCUGGAACCCAUAAUGGCCAAAGGCGGCAACAUUGUGGAAUAUCAUGGCUGUGAUUUCUUUCCCGAACGCUGGUUCCAAGCCGUUUUCGUGGUUACCUGCCCCAACACCACGCUGUACGAUCGCCUGAAAGAACGAAACUACAACGAGAAGAAACUCACAUCGAAUAUCGAGUGCGAAAUCUUUGGAACUAUCCUGGAGGAGGCCAGAGACUCCUACAAAGAUGACAAAGUCUUUGUUCUUCGCGGCGAAACGAGGCAAGACGCCGAUAAAAGUCUCAAGACUGUGAAGAACUGGUACAGGACGUGGAAGAGGAAGUGACAAAUAGUCGUAAACUUUGUUAGUUUAGUACAACCUUAAGUAGUUAUGCAAUAUCAAGAAAAACCUUGCAAAAUUUGUAUGUAAAUGAACUAUUAUUUACAGAAAAA